AUGGAACAAGAGCUUAUUGAACUACUACUUGCUUCCAAGAAAGCUCUAUCCACUGGUCAAUCUAUCUGCGCACAAGCCAAUACUUACUUACAAACAUCAGAAGGCCACGUUGAAACGAUAGCCAAGAUACAUCCCAAGUUGCUCUUUGUCGAUAACCAUAUCCUAGUUCAAUGCAAGAUUCUGGAAGGCGUUAGAGAUUAUGUGAAUGUGAAGACCGAGUCUUGUCAGAACAAGAUCAAAGACCGAGAAGCACAUUUACAAACACUCACAAUCGAGCUGACACAGAUAUUCAACCAUCUCAAAAAAUGCAUGGUAGACAAAGAUAUACUGAGAGUCAAUCGCGAGAUUCAAGGGCCAAGUGAAGCAGACGAGACACAGCAGUAUACUUGUUUGUUUGAUUACAUUUCUGAUCAGGAUAUCAUUGAUUUGCAAAGGCAAGCGGAUGAUGAAAUAGGGGAGAUCGAGACGGUGAGCAAUGUCAUGCAAAACCAAUCCAAGUUGAUUUCGACAUUCUUGGCGGAUAUUGCGAGAGCAAGAAAAGCAGCGCUAAGUGUGCCGCUAGACGAAGAGACAGUGGCGUAUUCGAGCGAGAGGAUACAAAUACAAGAAGACGAAAUCUCCAACAUGGCAGAAAUACUGACCAGCUUGACAAAUCAUUACGAUCAAUUGGGCGAAGCGACAAGGCUGUAUCAGUCUGAUCCAGAUGGUCGCAAUCAAUUGGACAUUACCGUAUUAGAGGAUGAUCAUGAACAUAUACCUAACAUUUUAGAGGAUUUGAGGCACAGUCUGGACAUUGUAGAGUCUGUCAGCCAAGAAAUCCAGGACCGAACGCAAGUGUAUCUGCAUGUGAGGGAUGAAUUGAUCAAGAUAUUGAAUCAGUUGGAGUAUUUCGGCAUUGGGGGACAGGCCGAUGGUAUUUUGGAAAAGAUGCAAGACGCAGAGGUCGAGAUCAAGGAGAGAGAAUACAAUUUAGACGAAUUUUUUAAACAGUUGGCAUAUUUGGCGCAAUGGUAUCGAUGCUACGCUUCCUCGUACAACUACUUGCUACUAGAGAUUGAAAGACGAAGAAAGUCAGAGGAGCGACAAGAAGUGCUACGUAGAGAAAUAGUAGAAAAGAUUGAGGAUGCUUACAAUGACGAAUUGCAGGAAAGAAGAUCUUGGUCUGCGCAACAUGGACAGUAUUUGCCCGAGGUGCUUUGUACCUUCAUCAAUGAUGCUCCUUCUAUUUUAAGGGUAGAAGUGGAGAGAGAUUCGACUCGACUUCCCGAGUUAUCACCUGAAAAUGUACAAAAGGCACUCGCUGAAAUACACAAUUCCUCCCACGAAUAA